CUCUCUUGCCUCCGUUUAUUUCUCUCUCCCCUUAACUACCUUAUCUUCAUCAUCAGCAUCUUCAUCUUCAUCCUCAUCUCUUCUCUCAACCUGUCAUCUUCUACAUGCUUACGACUCUCUCUUUGCAUCUGAGUUCUCCUUCGCUUCCUGGUUCCUUUAUUAUUUUUUCUCGCGAGAAUUUUGGUCUUUAUCUUUAUCUUUCUCUCUUUCUCUCUCUUUCUUUUCUUCGUGUGUAUGUUUAUGAGCUUCGAAGUUAAAUUUUUUCCAAUGAAGUCAAUCAGCUAAAUAAACCAGGAUCAAGAUAAACAAAAUCUUCCAAAAGCCAAACAUCAAAUGAACCAGUUUUCAGUUAAGUGCUAAUUGUGUGUUGUCUUUGUGUCUUCCUAUGUUUAAAUUGUGAUACCUUGUGUCGGAGGCGGAAACAGGAGAGUUACCACAAUUUGGUUCAUCUCCUUGAAGAGAGGGAAGUAGAUCUAGAAGAAGAAAACGUAAUUAAAAGCCGAGUGGAAAAAGAGUCAGCGGAAAUCGGAAACAAAGUGAAGAGAUUAACCAGUAACCCGAAACAAACGGCGCCCUCGCGUCCCGUUACCACCACCGUUACCGCCGUUACUCAUCCUCAGGUUGUUACCAAUAAAAUGGGUAACAAGUUAAGCUGCUCUUGUGCCCCGUUGAUUAAAAAAGCUUAUCAAUAUGAGGAACAGCCUUACCAACAGCAACGUCGACGUGAUGGACAUUUACUCCGUCUCUGGGCGGAGGUUUUCCAUGUUUCGGCGGCAUCAGGUGCUAUUCGUUGGCAACAGGUCACUUCGGACCUUGUUCCGGUUAAUAUAACUUGUAUACAAGAUUCACCUGAGUGUAUCUUCCAGAUUACCGCCUACAAUUCACAGGUUGAGAAAAUUUUGGACGUUCGGUUAGCUCAACCAGGAACUCGACUUGGUCAAGCAUCAGAAUGUUUCGUUUAUUGGAAAGAUGUUGGUACCGGUGAUACUUGGGGAUUAAAUUUUACCUCAUCUGAUGAUGCGAAACAAUUUCGUCUUCUAUGUUCACCUUCAUUCAAGAUCUCACGAAAAGCAUCUUCAUCCUACUCUUUACGUCUAAAUGAACCUCCCUCUAAACGAGGAGCCGGAGGUACAGCUACUGGUCCAGCAGAUAAAUCUCUUAGUGCAGGUAAACGUAAACCUCAGUCAACUCCAUCUUCCCCAUCCCGUCGAGGUUAUAACACUUCUGAGCUACAAUGUACCUGCAUGGCUGCUGAUACACUUCACAAACAACGCAAUGGUCGCGUUAGGUACACAGGUUCAUCGACUAUGCCAAAAUCUGCUUUCCGACACGAUGCCACCGGUUUAACUACUUAUCCAUCAACAACUUCUGUUCACGCCGCUGCAACAGCCGCGGGUCAACAAGGUCGACCAGUUUCUAGUGGUGGAAGUAGACCGGCUUCGGCUGGUCAACAACAUCCACAGCACCAUCAACAGCAACAGCAACACCCUUCAUCAGGCGCAACAUCAACGACUCUUACCUCCGGACGAAGUCAUCAUCUUGCUCAAACUGCUGAUGGAAGAUCAAUUCCCCACUCACAACAACAACAACAACAACAACACCAUCAACAACCUCAUCAUCACCCUCAACACCCACAACAACACAGCUCAUCUUCACAACUCGCUCAUCAACAUCACCCACAACAACAACAACAACAACAACAACAUACUUCCUCCAUCCCUAAUAAUCGUAAUGCUCAAUAUUCACGUGCUCAAUAUGCAUCUUCAGUGAGAAAGGAACAAACCCGUUCGAUGGACUCAACCCUUUACCAAUAUCACGAUAGAUCAGGUGGUGUUGGCGGUGGUCAUCCUAAUGAUGGAAUGAUGAACAUGGGUCAUCUUCGUUCCAAUCAUCAUCCAAUGGACACACACGGUGGCUUAAGAUCCGCUGAAAGUGGUUCAAUGGGACAUAUGACGGGUAAACGAAUGAUAAUUUCAAAUAAUAAUCACAACACAACUAACAGCAAUAUCCACCAUCAUCAUCUUCAUAAUAAUACAAUUAACUCUACUAAUUACUCACAGUCCGCUGAUAUCAAAUCUCGAAGUAAAAGUUCAGACGAUGUUCGUCGAACCGUUGCAACGGGAACUGAUGAUCUUCUUUUAGAUGCUAACACUUUAAAACGUAUGUUACAUCCACUUCCAGGUAAUGGUCAUGAAAGCGGUGGAACUAAAAUGUCCUCAACUGGUGUUAACACGAUCACAACAUCAACAUCAACAUCGGUUGGCGGUGGUUCUGGUCGUCGGGAGAUUAAUCUACUCCAACGAACUCUCACUCGACCCAACUCAGUUCCAGCCUGGAAUUAUUCCGAUGAUGGUAUCACCUUAAUGGGUGGGGUCAUGGGUCAACAUGGAACCAUGAGAUUAAGUCGACGUGAAGAUGCCCUUGAACGUUCUCGUGCGUACAGAUCAGAGGUUAGUCGACGGCGGUCACUUGAACGAACCCAGUGUGUUGAUUAUACUGAUCAAUCACCUCCAUCAGAUCAUUAUUUGUCCGAUAAUGCGGUUCGUUGUUAUGCAACCACACCCACUCCCUCAUCUUCAGGUGAUGAAGGUUCAGCCUCAGUUCGCAAACUAUUGGCCAAAGUUGAUGCGGUUACUCGAGAGGUCGCAGCUUCUGGAGGUGAUAUGACGGUGGGUGGUAAACGUCCCUCGUCACCAACAAUUAAACUCCUCCAAGAGUAUGAGACUCACUUGAGAAACGCACUGGCCAAAGGAUGUGAUGCUGACACUUACUCAUUGAAUACCUUUGAGAACAUUUUAUCGCAAUCGAUGGAAAAUGUCGUCAGCCUAAUGAGAGAGGUUCAAAAUGAACUGGACGCUAUUCGUCGUGAAGAGCAACAAUAUCGCUCUACCGAGGAUCCAACAGCAUUUAUCGCUCCUCAUUCUACUCCAACAUCUUCUGGUCCUCAUCAUGCCCCACUUUUUGGUUCUAUGGGUGGUUCUCACCACUCCCUUCAUCAUGCCCACCACCAUCAUAAUCAACAUCUUUCCCACCAUCAUUCCUCCUCUUCCAUUCAUCAACUCGCCUCAGCAUCAACCCACCACCAACCUAAUCAAUUUCCCUCUCGAUCAUCUUCCUUGGUCAACAAACCUUAUUGGACCCGAAGCUACACACUUCCCUCCCGGGGAACUUCACUUCCACCUCCAAGUCUUCAGGGAAGUUCAGCUUCCGAUUUAUGUUCAGUGUUGAAGAAAAGUUCUGUUCCCCACCUUUUGGAUACUCUAUCAGCCGAUGCAAUUGGUAGACCCGGCGGAUUGUUCCCUGGCUCUAUGGUGGCUCAAGCUUCCUUUGAGAGCACAGAUUCAAAAGCUUAUUUAACAUCAUCUGAGAUGUCCGAUGAUGAGCGACUUUCUCUGACCACUGCGAUUUCCGACGAUGACGAUGGUGAACUACGCAACUCUCCAUAUCGAGCUAAAAGUGGAGCAGCAGCGGCUGCCUUUCAGUGUACGGGAGCAGUUCGUAAGGCCGGAUUUUUAUCAGUCAAAAAAUGGCUUCUUCGUAAACGGCAUCAGGUUGAAUUGGCUCGAAAACGAGGCUGGAAAGGUUAUUGGGUUUGUCUUAAAGGGACCACAAUACUUUUCUAUCCUUGUGAUUCCCGUGAUGGUCGAGCCAUAGAAUCAAAACCUCGACAUUUAAUUAUUAUCGAUGGUUCCAUCAUGCAACCCAUUCCGGAACAUCCAAAGCGAGAUUUUGUCUUCUGCCUGUCAACCGCUUUCGGUGAUGCCUACUUGUUUCAAGCUCCUUGUCAGAUGGAGCUGGACAAUUGGAUAGACGCGAUUCACAACGCUUGUGGAUCGGCAUUUGCCCGACAUCGCGGUAAAACAGGGACUCUCCACUUGCUUCAAGAGGAAGUUCAUCGAAUCGACCGAUCAAUCGAGGCCGAUGCUAAACUCAAACACUUGGCUGAACUUCAAUUGACCGUUGUCGCUGAUCCAGAUUCUCGUAAACAACUAACAGAUUCAAUUCGCUCCAAUGACGAGUCCCUCGAAUCUUAUCAUUGUGAACAAUUUCGUCUUCGCUGUUAUCUGUCCUCUAUCCAAGGGACCGAACUACCUAAUCCCAAAACCCUGUUAGCCCAUGUUUCCAAGCCAACCAAGUCGAUACUCAAUCGUCUUGGUGUUUUCACAGUUUCCUCUUUCCAUGCUUACCUUUGUGCCCGUUCACCGUCAACCUUGAAAAAUAUUAUCUCUUCUCGAGGAUCAACCCGCCGUCGAGGUGUGUCUUCGUCCUCUCCUGCACCAACAUCGGCAAUGGCAUCCGGUGCAAUUUCAGCUUCCACUCGAUCUCUUUCCCGUCAUUCCUCCGGAUCAAAAAUAGCCGCUUCUUCUGGACUCUCCAGAUCAGCUGAACUUCCGUCAGAUAAAUUGGUUCAAAUGAUUUUACCUCCGGAUGAUUCGAUUCACACGGUCCAUGUUCGUGGUACCGAAACAGUUGAAGAUCUUCUUUGGUUAGUUUUCACCGAGAAACAAAUGUCACCCAAUGAUUACUUUAUCCGCUGCAAGCGUCUCAAUGGUGAACAUUAUAUCCCGUCCCGACACGAAGUUGUUGACCAUUUACCUCCUUUCGAGGUGAUGGAAGUGGCCGCUAAAGUUUUGUACCAAGUUGAACUUUCCCGACACUCAUUGGAUCAAUUAUUUGGUUUCUCAGUUGAAGCCGAACUGGUUGAGAAUUCAAUUGACCCCCAUAAUCAAGAUGAACUUUGUGUCUUUGUGUCCCGGGUCGAGGAAUCAAGUUUAGCCGCUAAUCAAGGCCUUAAAAAGGGAGACGAAAUUAUGGUCAUUAAUGGUGCCAUUGUUUCCGAUCUUGACAUGAUGUAUAUUGAAUCAGUUCUUCAAGAGGAAUUAUCACUUUGCAUGAUGUUACGAUCUUGUCGAACUGAACCACCUGACCCCGGGUCAGCAAUUCGGUCAACCGAUGAUUUCAUCGAAUCUCUAAUGUGCCCACCACCACCUUCAGAUGGACACAUGAGUGAUGAGAUGAUUGGUAAAUUAAUUGUUCCCUCGCCGCUUUGGGUUCAAGAGAGAAGUCGAAGUGGAUCAAUCCCAUCAUCUUCAGGUAAUCUACCCACUGGCUCGAUGUCAGGAAACUCAACAGGUCUAUCAAACACUGGCACUAGUGGUGGUGGCGGUGGUGUGUCCACAUUAACAACGAUAGCACCACCAAUGAACACUUGUUUACCCCUUCAAGUGACCGGUGAACAGAUCGCUGAGAGUUUACUGAAAAGUGCUGAACAGGUAACAUCAGAAUUAUGCCGAGUUACCGGUGGUACAAAUACCAAUGCAAGUGGCAUCUCAACGAAAGGUUCAACCGCCGACCAAGGUACUAGUGGCUACGCCGCCAGUGGAUCUGGUGGACCAGUCGCUGUUUACCCGCCACAAUAUGUAACCACAAGUAAAUCAGCAACCCAACAUAUUCACACUAGUCAAUUACAAUAUCACAAACCUUUAGUAAACAAUUCAAUCAGCCUUUCAUCAACUAGCGGACAAACGGCCUCACGAAGUACCGAUGAUCCAGAAAAUGUCAACAAUCAGGGUUACAUUAAACGACCACCAUUAUCUGAUGCAGAAAAGUUAAGAAAAGUAAUCAAGGAACUAGUUGAUACCGAAAAAACUUACGUUGAGCAUCUAAACAAUUUACUAGACACUUACCUGGAACCCAUGAAGAGGCAAAACUUAGUUUCCAAUGGUGACAUUAGUUUACUUUUUGGUAACAUUCAGGAGAUUGUUAACUUUCAACGUGCUUUCCUUGAUUCACUUGAGGAAGCAAUUAAAUUAGAUUAUUCUUUUGAUUCCUACAAUCAACCUCCACAAUUUAGAAAUAUCCUUUUCUCCAUUGGUAAUUCAUUCCUAUUAUAUGCAGAUAAAUUUAAAUUAUACUCUUCCUUUUGUGCUUCCCACUCCAAGGCUUCCAAGAUCCUUCAUCCCUCAUCCGAAGCGGCACAAAAUCCGGCACUCAUUGAAUUCCUACACACAACCUCCAGAGGUCAACAUGCCAACUCUCUAGAAUCCUAUCUAAUUAAACCCAUCCAAAGGAUAUUGAAAUAUCCACUCCUCCUUUCGCAGUGUAAAUCAUUGACCGAUCCCACCUCCGAUGAACAUAAACACCUCUCACAAGCACUCAAAGGUAUGGAACGGGUUGCUGAGCAUAUUAACGAAAUGCAAAGGAUCCACGAAGAGUAUGGGGCCAUUUUUGAUCAUCUACAAAGGCAACACUUGAAAUCGCUGAAAAUUUCCAUUGAAUUGAGUCCUGGUGAACUUUUAUAUUAUGGUGGAGUGGAAUGGGUUAAUAUUAGUGAAUUUUUGGGUAAAAUUAAGAAAGGGUUAGAUUUACAUUCGAUGUGUUUUGUGUUUAAAAGUGCGGUUGUUUUUCUAUGUAAGGAAAGGAUUCGACAGAAGAAGAAACUUGUCUCAGUUUCAUCGAAAAUCUCUGAGGUGGAAAUAAUUCGCUAUCAGGUUCUAAUUCCGGUUACUGAAGUUCAAGUUCGAGCAACAUCAACCAAAUUAGAAGAUAAAAACUCAUCGAAUGCAAAUAAUAGUUCUAAUCAAAUCUCUACUCUUCCGGGCGCUGGUAUUAAUGCCGAUACAACUGGUGCUUCCUCGUCGACCUCUGGUUCACAAUAUCUAUGGGAAUUGAUUCAUCUACGUUGUUCACAAAUCGGUGUUUCAACCCAACGUCGAACCGAAAAAGUUUACCAAUUAUCUAAUAGUACAAAUGAAUUUCGUAAUGCAUUCCUACGAACAAUUAGACAAAUAAUUAGAGAAUCAGUUCGUAAAAUGGCCGUGCCUGUAACAAAACCCGCUCUCACCUCGAAAUCAGCUUUCCAAGAAUCAUCAAAUCCAGUUAAUCAUCAUUAUGUUAAAGAUAAACCAUCACAACAAUCAAAUUCAGAAUCACAAGGAACUAAACCAAUUCCUAAUUCAACAACGACAACCGCUGAGACUCAUCAUCACUCCCUUUCCCGGUCAUCAUCAAUAACGGCUACACCAUCAAGCGGAGGUGCAAUCGGAUCAAAUCAACAAACCACCAAGCCAACAAUUAAACAAAAACCCGCUCCACCGCCGAGAGCACCAACAACAACCAAAUCAACAGGAGGACCUACAACAGCUCAACAACAAGCGGCAAUGAAGGAGAAAAUGGAACGUGAACAUAAUCAUCAUCAUCAUCAUCAUCAUCAUUCAUCAUCUUCAUCAUCAGGUAGCAAACAAACCGUUAGUUGUGGUCUUUGUGGUGCCGAUGUUGGUCUAGGCCCCAAUGAUGGUUCCAAUAAAAUAUCAAGUAAAACUGAUAAACAUCAACAGGGAACAUCAUCAUCAACAGAUAAAUCUGAUCCUUCAUCAUCUUCAGGAAAAGGAGGAGUAGGUGGUAGAAAUAAAGAUGAAUUAAAAGAUGUUGCAUCAUCUUCAUCUCAUGAAGAUAAUCAUGAUAAACUAAAUCAAAGGAGAUCAAGUAAACAAUAAGAUUAAAGAAUCAACACUCAACAAUUAAUGUGAAAUAAUAACAAUUCAACAUAAUAUUUAUCAGCAAUAUAAACAAAUUAUUAUAUAAAAAGAUGAGGAUGGAAAAUAUAAAAACUCAACUUAAUCAACAAACUUUUCAACAAUUAACUAAUAUAAUUAUAAUAACGAUUAACUAAUGAGAGGUAGAGAUUAAAUUUGUAUUGGGAAAAUCAAGAGCAACACAAAAUGUGCCAAGGUAAAAGCCCUAUGAUUGGAUUAACACUCAUUAAUUAGUUAAUCAAUUUGUGAUUGACCUGAUUAAUUAAUCUCUCUCACUCUCUAUAUCUUUUCCCACCCUCAUGCCUCCCACUCCGAUUAAUAUUUCAUAAUGAAUUAUAUACACACAAUAAUAAUACUUAUAUAUUAUAUUACAAAGGCUUCCACAAUUAAGAAACUUUUUCUAAUCACAAUGCUAACAAUUAACAUGAUAAACAAAUGACAUUAUUAAGUUAAUAUCAUUGAUUACAAUUAAUGAUUAAUAAUAAUGAUAAAAAAACGAUUUUGCUAAUUCAUUUGUAUUCAAUUCACUCCUCAGUGUGAUGCUGAUUUGAAUUGAUCAUAUUUGAAUUAAACAAGAAAAUUAACUAAUUAAUUGACUUGAAGCUCAAUGUUAUGAUUAAUUGUUUUCAAAUGUUUACAAUUUAAAUUAAUCAUAACACUUUCUCUCUAAUCUCUCUUCUUGUAAUCAACUAAUUAACUCAAAUAAUAUAAACCAAAUUAACUAACUGCAAGAAAUUUUCUUUUGAUUAACUAACAAUAAUAACUAAAUUUGUUUAAUAAUAUUAUUGAUUAACAUGGUAAACAAAUUUAUGAUUGAUGCCUGACAAUUUACAACCAAAGCAACAAUUAAGUCUAAAUUUGAUUAGUUAAUUGUAAUUAACUGGUCAUCUUUGCAAUAUAAUUUUAAUUGUUAUUUAAAUUUUAUUCAUCCUCUCCUUUAAUUAUGAUUAAUUAGCAGAAAUAUUGAUUUAUAUUGUUGUAAAGUAACAACAACAAUUUAAGUUGAUUAUUCAUGAUUCGAGUAAAAAUAUUAACGAUCUCAUAAUUUGAUCAAAUUAAAUAACAAUUUAAAUUGAUA